UGGUUUUUAUCAAUUAUCAUGCGAAGCGGGCGCUGGGCCGGGUGACGGCGGCACACACUAGUGCGGCGAGCGCGCACCGAGCAACUCGCUUUAUAUUGAAUUGACCUUAUUUACUUGAUCCGAUCUUGAAAGAGGGGUCGAUAAACCCUUCAUUCAUUUAACCAUUCCUAAAUAGUUUUAAUACAUCAGUUUGUAGCGGGAUACUGUCACGGUUCGUUAGUUUUUAUGGCAUAUAGAAAGUUCCAAAAAUGGUCGAAGUGAAGAUAACCGAAAAAAUUAAAGUCGGCGGUGAUAAUCCCUGCUUUAUCAUCGCUGAAGUUGGUCAAAAUCAUCAAGGUGACAUUGAAAUUGCAAAAAAAUUAAUAAAGGCCGCAAAAGAUGCUGGUGCGAGCUGUGUAAAAUUUCAAAAGACCUGUCUCAAGGAAAAGUUUACGAACAAGUAUUUAGAAAAACCUUAUGAUAAUCCAAACUCUUGGGGAAAAACUUACGGCGACCAUAAAAGACAUUUAGAAUUUUCUGACAGUCAAUAUAGAGAAUUGAUUAAAUAUGCGCACGAAGUCGGAAUCCUCUUCACUGCUUCUGCUAUGGAUAUGGUUUCGUUUGACUUUUUGGUCAACAUAAAAGUGCCAUUUAUAAAAAUUGGUUCCGGAGAUUCAAAUAAUUUACUCUUUUUAAAAUAUGCCGCAUCCAAAAAGGUCCCUUUAAUUAUAUCGACUGGAAUGGUUGAUAAGAGCGCAGUAAAAACUAUUUACGACAUCAUAUCAGCGCAACAUAAACGAUUCUGUUUAUUGCACUGUGUAUCCGCGUAUCCAGUGCCAUUCGAAGAUUGCAAUCUGACUGUGUUACUAGAUUAUAAAAACACUUUUGAUGUUCCGGUCGGGUAUUCUGGCCAAGAACUGGGAACAGCGGUGGCGCUGGCCGCAGUUGCACUAGGAGCUAAGGUAUUGGAAAAACACAUAACACUGGAUAAAACUAUGAAGGGUACGGAUCAUGUCUGCUCGCUGACACCUGAGGAGUUUAAGCAGUUAGUAAAAGACGUGCGUGUUAUUGAAGCAUCGCUUGGUACUCCUAUCAAAAAAAUUGUAACAUCAGAAAUACCGUGCAUUGAUAAGUUGCAAAAGUCCCUUGUUAUGGGCUGUACAAAGAACAAAGGUGAAAUUUUAUACCCUGGAGAUGUGAAAAUAAAAGUUGCGGAACCUAAAGGCUUAAACGCGUUACAUUUCGAAGAGGUUAUCUACAAAACUCUUGUUUACGACAAGAAAGAAGAUGAGCCCCUCAAUGAAGGAGAUUUCUGUUAAUUAACAACAAGAACACUACAGAUUCAUUAUCAGCCAUAAUCAACUAUCACUAUAUUUGCAUGCCCAUUAUUAUACGACUACAAGCACAAAUUAACUAUUAGACUCGUUUUUGAUAUAAGUAAGUCUAUACAUAUAAAAAAAAAGAAAAAAGGAAUAAAAAAUGUUUAAUGUUACUAAUAAUAUACAAGCUUCUAUUUUAAAA